ACAGGGAGCCAGCACGAAAAAUGGACGGUGCAUCAGGAAAGUUUCAGCUUCAGUACUGGAGACUUUAUCUGCUGUCGAUGGUGUUGGGAAUUGGGGGGUCAUUUCAGUAUGGAAUUCAAGUUUCUGUCAUCGCUUCUCCAGCAGUGCAUGUUCAGAGUUUUGUGAACCACACCUGGCUGUGGAGGUACGGAGCUCCAGUGGAUGACUCCACAAACCAGCUCAUCUGGUCCUUCAUCGUGGCCGUGUUGAGUCUUGGAGCCUGGGCCGGGGCUGUUCACAGCGGCAGCCUUCCAGUCACUUACGGCAGGAAAAAAGCUCUCUUGUUCAACAAUGUAGUGGCAGUUGUUGCUGCUAUUCUCAUGCUCUUCAGUCGAAUGGCCAAGUCUUUUGAGAUGAUCUUGCUGGGUAGAUUCCUCUAUGGAUAUAAUGUUGGUCUUGGCUUGAGUGUGCACCUCAUGUACCUUGGAGAGAGUUCUCCAAAGAAACUCAGAGGUUUCCUGACACUCACAGGCUCAAUAUUCAUUGGAUUUGGAAAGGUCAUGGGUCAAAUAAUUGGCAUCAAGGAGAUAAUGGGAACAGAAGACAUGUGGCCUUACCUCUUAGCUGUCAGUGGUAUUCCUGCCAUCCUGCAGCUUGUGACGCUGGUUUUCUUCCCUGAGUCACCCCGAUACCUUUACAUUGACAAAGGAGACACUGAAGGCAGCAUAAAAGCUUUGCAGUGGCUGUGGCAGGAGGACGACCUAAAGCUGGAGCUGGAUGACAUGCAAAAAGAGAGAGAGAGCACUCAGGGAGAGAAGGCGAAGACUGUGAAGGAUGUCCUCUGCUCCCGCUGUGUGAGAUGGCAGCUACUGACUCUGAUCAUCCCUUGUGCUGGUGUUCAGUUCUGCGGCAUCAACGCUCUGUAUUUUUACGCCUUUGACAUCUUUCGGGAGUCCGGAGUGCCAGAGAACCAGAUGCAUUACCUGGCCAUAGGCCUUGGAGCCACAGAGCUCAUCACGGUGACACUGUGUUCUUUCUUGAUAGACCGUGCCGGCAGAAAGAAGCUGAUGGGCUAUGGCUAUCUACUGAUGGGUAUCACCAUGUGUGUACUCACUGUCAUGCUAUCCAUCAAGGAUCUGAAUCCCUGGAUUCCCUAUGUGAACAUCGGCAUGAUCUUCUGUGUCAUCUGCAUUUAUGGACUUGGACCUUCUGGAGUGUCUAUGGCUCUUCCUGCUGACCUCUUCCUACAAGCCUGGCGUCCUUCUGCUUAUGUGAUCAGUGGGACUGUCAACUGGAUUAGCAUGUUCCUCGUGGGGAUGUUGUUUGGCUACGUUGUGGAUGGACUAGGACAGUUCUGCUUCCUGAUUUUUGUUGCUUACACCAUUUUCAGUUCAGCGUUUCUGUUAUAUUUUGUCCCAGAGACCAAAGGAAAGACAAUGGUAGAGAUUAUGGAGGACUUCAACAAGCUGAAUUACAAGAACAGGGGCGCUGACACUGACAGGACUGACAUUGAUCUUGCAACCAAAUUUUAACAUGUUUUUUUAUAUUUUAUUUAUCAGCGGUGAGUUGUUCUGCACAAACCUUUCAGCAUUAACUCUUCAGUUAAACAUUGUGAGACUGAGUUUUAAGAAUCAACCAGGUCUUGCAAAACAAACACAAGUGUAGA